AGAAGAAGAAGAAGAAGAAGAAAAACAAUAAGAAAAAGAAUUAAAUAAUAUAAAAAAAAAAAAAAUGAAAUAAUGUGUCUUUGACAAAGAGUGCGUCUAUGUUACUACCGUAUAAAAUUGUGCAUAUGAAUCGUAAUUGUGUUGUUGUUAGUGGUGGUAAUAUCUUUGCAAAAAGGUUUGCCUUGGAUUAGGUCGAAUCGGUAAAAUAAAAAGUGAAAAAAAGAGAUUGACGUUGACCGCGGGUGGGGUGACAUCACUGUUCCCUUGGCUCUGUUGUCAGUAGCUCGCAGAAUGACGCAGUAGACGGUUGCGCGAGGGUGCCAAGCGCCUCGCCGAAAGAAAAAAACGGCUCUUGUCGCGAAUGAAGAUAAUUGCCGAUGAAAGAAACAUGUCUGCUGAUUCACCAAGACGCAGCGUGCAUAAAGGAGCCCAAGUUGUUACACCUCAACCGAUAGUUGAUCGGUCAAUAAUUGAUAGCGUCGCUGGAAUUAUAAAUGACAUUGUUCCGCAGAAUUUCUUUUUCCAGGCGUAUACUGCCCCCAACACAGAUAACAAAGAAUCCAUUAGUUGGGCUCGAUUUGAAUAUGCAGAUGUAAAUGAUCCUGCGUUGUAUACUGAGUUUACUGAAGGAUCAAGUACACCGCCAUUGUUGUUAGUACUUGGCUAUUCUACAGGUGUACAGAUAUGGCUAAUAUCUGCAACAGGAGAAGCAACAGAAAUUCUAUCAUGGCGACAAGGAAUAGUGCGUACUUUAAGAGUUAUACCAAAUCCGAAGACUGAUUCCAAACACUUUGAUCUAUUUGAACCGAAACGGCCAUUAGUAGCAAUAUGCGACUCGGCUGGACCGGGACCACAGUUUUGCAACAUAAGCUUCAUCUCGCUAAAAACUGGUGAUCAAAUAAAAAACAUUAAGUUCAAAAAUCCUGUAUGCGACAUUUUGGCCAAUAGGAGAUCCAUAGUUGUAACAUUUUCUGAGAAGAUUGCUGUGUUUGAUGCAAGAACAUUAGAGGAUGUAAUAUCAAUAACUACAUGUUAUCCCAGUCCUGGACCAAAUCUCAACCCUGUUGCGCUAGGAACAAGAUGGCUUGCUUACAGUGAAAAGAAGUUAUUACCAGCUAAAAGAAGCAGUGGUGGCUGUGAAGGUGAAGGCGUACAAAGUUACACAGCUACAGUUUUAUAUGCUGCAAAAUCAUUAGGAAAAGGUCUACGUGGUUUAGGAGAAACAGUAGCAUCAAGUUUAACGGGAAAUUCAGUGUCACCGAUAGCCGCUAAUAAUACGAGCAAUGAUGUGACACAGCCAGGCGUAGUUAUGAUAUUAGACCUGCAAGCAGCAAAGGAGGAAAAAGAUAUGGAUGAUCCAACCAUAGAGACAGUAAUAGCUCAUUUCACUGCCCAUACUGAUGCGAUCGUUGCCAUGACUUUCGAUUCAACUGGUGCAUUAUUAAUGACCGCCGACAAACGCGGACAUGAUUUUCACGUAUUUAGAAUUCAGCCUCAUCCUGGCGGUCCUACAUUGGCAGCAGUUCACCAUCUUUAUAUUUUGCACCGUGGAGAUACAACAGCUAAAGUACAAGACAUGACAUUCUCAGCUGAUACUCGUUGGGCUGCUGUUUCAACAGUUCGUGGAACUACCCACGUUUUCCCAGUCGCGCCCUAUGGUGGAUCCGUAGGAGUGAGAACUCAUUUGACUCCGCACGUAGUAAAUAGACUUUCACGAUUUCACAGAAGUGCAGGCUUAAUGGAUGAUGGUACAAGAUCCCAUUCACCUAUUUUACAUUCUGAAUUACCUUUAUCCAUUUAUCCUUAUUCCAAUCCCAGACUUCCACCAUAUCCUCACCCAACAAUUCUGCAUCCUUUGGCACAAAUUAGACAACCGUCAACAUUGAAUCAUGCCAACAGUCAAAUUCAACCAAGACCACAGCAAAGGCAACGGCUUCAUUCUGACGAUAGUGGUACUUUACCUUUAAAGAUAUGUGCUUGCUUUGCUCCACCUAGAGCUUGGAUUUAUGCACAAAGAGAAUCUGGUAGCAAGGUUGCUAAAAGAAAAUUAGAUUCUUUAUUUAUCAUGGCAUGUCAUGGGAAUAUGAUACAAUAUGAUCUAGAAGUUAAACCUUCUUCCGGAGUUCCAAAAGAAAAAAUAAGCGACGAUACAAUGAUAGAAUUAGAUGUCGAAGCUAAAGGACAAUGGCCUCUUCUAAGGUCUCCUAAUUCUACGGAUAUUCUACCACCAAUACCAUUAUCAAGUCCUUUAUUUACCGUCUCUACAGUACCCGAUGAAGAUGAACCUUUUGAUACAAGCGAAGAUGCUUGGUUAAGUCAAGUGGAAAUUGUAACGCAUGCUGGGCCACAUAGACGAUUAUGGAUGGGACCACAAUUUGUUUUCAAAACAUAUAACGCACCUAGCGGGGUUUCUGUAAACUUGGUAGAAGCAGAGGCAGUUGAAGUUGGAAUUACAGGUUCAUGUUCAGCAAGGUCAAAUCCUGUUAAUAUGCCACAUGCAGCUUCUAGACCUUUAGUUCCAGUUGUUAUCGAUGGAUCAGGAAGCAGUUACGAACAGUCGCCAAGAUUUAUGGAAGCUUAUGGGGACUCAUUAGAUAAUGAACACAUUGGAGUUGGCAGUGGGGAAAGUCAAUUAAGAGAAGAUUUAGCAGAUGCUAUGUUGGAAACAUCGAUUGCUCCGCAUCAUGCUCCUGGGAGGCGCUCGGUAUUUGAGAGGGUGGGUCAGCCAGUAACUAAAGUCGUCAACCCUCUUGGCACCGUGAUAACAGUGUCAGCUGACGAAGAGGAUGUCAGCUCUAGUCAAGAGUUUGAUUCCGCGGAGGAGAGUCUAGUUCCAGAAGCACCGAGGAGUGUUUGCGCAGAAGAGGGUCCGGCCUCGCUUGGUGAUCUUGAGCCACCAUCUUGUUGUCAAACAUUACGUGAUUUAACAGAAAUAUGUGCCGAAAUGCGUUCUGCAAGCGAGCCAGCUAUCGACAGCGUACUGGAUGAAAAUAUUCGUGAUGUUAAAGAAAGAAAGGAACUUUGCGUUGAAGUAGCAUCUAUGAAAUCAGCGGGGAUAGAUUUCGAGAGAGAGGAUGCAUUUCAGGACGUACCAAGUGGGCUGAGUCUUUGUGCCGAACAAGGUGAGAUCCCAAGCAGUCCCAUGACACAAGCCAAAGAGAGUACUGCUCGAUCUAAAAGAUGUAAUAAAUAUGAGCAGCAUGCACACGAAACUCAAGAAUUAAAUCUAGCCAAAGCUAAAUACGUUGUUAAUUAUGACGAGGAAAGCGUCGUAUUAAUGGAAAACAAAUUGUCAUCUGAUAAAGUUAAUCUAAUGCGAGAAAAGGGUCAACAAACUUCCUUUUCCUUUCCCUCUUCUUCCUCAUCUUCACGACAUCAGAAUAAUAAGGAUAAUGAGAAAAUUAUUUCAAAAAAACAAUCUCAUAAAGAGUCUAAAAUACGAAUUGACAAAUAUAUUGUACAAGAGAAAGAUGAUAGCAUUAUCGUAAAGGAUCCUACUCGGUGCGUAGAUACAACUAAUAAUUGUAUUGGUAAAAAACAUUGUGAUACAUUGAAAGAUAAUAAAUGUGGGUCGAGCGAUGAACGUGUUUCGAAAAUAGAUCAGAAUUCGGAUAAGAAGAUAACUGAAAGUUCAAAAUUUAAAUCAAAACAUUCAUGUGGUACUGAUAAAUCAUUUGUAGAAUUAGAUAAACCUAAUGUUAAUACCGAUGGUGUUAUGAACAUCGAAUGUAAAGAAGAAAACGAAACAACUCCGUCGGACGAUUUCAAUUCUAUGGAAUAUCAUUUGGUAGAUAGUAAUUGUCCCAUCAAAGACACUAUGGUGUCCGAUCACUCGGAUGAAGAGAUUGAACAUAUUCAACGUUCUGAAUUAUUACGUGUUCGUGAAUCUGAUAAAGAAAAUUCAGAAAAAUCAAUAGAUUUACCUAGUUAUUCUGAUUCUUCACCUAUUACUCAAAGGAAAAAUAGUAAAAGUACAAUAUCCGAUGACGAUCUUGAGUAUAUACAUAUUAACGAACUUUCAGAAAUGCUAGAUAAUAAAUACAAUUUAGCAACAACAUCUAGCAACGUGGAAAAAUCUGACGAGGAUUGUUCUAUGUCUUCUAAGGGACAAAGCAAGCAUACAUUAUCCUCUGAUGACGAUCUUGAACACGUACAACAUUCGGAUGUUUGUUCAUCAACAUUAGAAAUAAAUUGUCCAAAAACCACAAUGGAUACCGAAUUAAAUUUAAAUGUUAAAUCAUCCUCGCAAGAAACAAUGCGAGCCGUUACCAAAUCUAAACCAAUUAAAAGACGAAAAAAUAUAUUUGUUAUCGAUGAUAACACUACUGAAGACGUAGAAGUAACUGUUAUGGUUGAUCCUAUGGAUAAUUGGAUUCCAUGGAAUCUAUGUUUAGAUGAAAACAUGACAGAAGAAGCACAGCACUGGGCAGUCACCGAGAAACGUUCCAGUUCUGCAGCUAAAUCUUCAGAAACUAUUCGCGGAGAGCAACAAAUAGGAAGGAAAUUAAAAGGUACGAAAAAACGAAAGGAUAUUGUAGUUAUCAAUGAAAAAACUCAGAGUAACAUUGAUCCUUCGACUGUGGUAUCAACGUCCAGCCAACAGACAAAAAUUCCUAGUAAUUUUACAACUGUACUAGAAAGUAAUCAAUUGGAACAAGCAAGUAGUAAAUCUAAAAUUGUUAAAAAACCAAAGGAUAUUCCAUGGGUUGAUAACAGUGCUAAACAAACGUGUAAAAUUAAAAGAAAUAAAAAUAAGAAGGAUAUUGAAGUAAAGGAAAUCUGGGGAUCUACGGUCAAUGAAUUUUGGGGAACCAAAUUAAAUCUUGUUGACGAGGAUUUAAUUGAAGAUAAUGUAGAAAUAACACGUGGGUCACAAGGUUAUAAUGAUAUUGAAAUAAUGGACAUAAAUUCGAUGGGCAAAAUAAGAAUGAACUGGAAUCGGAGAUUACCAUCUCGUAUAAAAUCAAUGAGCCCAAUUGUGUCCAAGCCAAGAGAUGCAACAUUAAGAAUAGCAAAUCCGAUUACAUCAACAAGUACUCAUCAUACAAAGCCAUUGUUCUGUUGUUCGCGAAAGGUAACGACAACAAAAUUGCAAAAACCACCUGAGGAAACAAGUACAACAGCUCCUAGAGUUUUGUGGAGUUCGAUAUUUAAGAAAAAGAAUACACCUUCUAGUGAAAGUGAAAUUUCUCGUAAGGAAUCUGAUCUAGAGUCUUUGGUAGAAGUAGAGGAAAAAUCAGAAGAAAAAUUAAAAAUUCAAAGUACGUUGUCUACUCAAAUAUAUGAAAAUUUAGAUGACGACACAAUAAAAAAAGAUAAAGAAGAUAAAAAAGUUGAAGUUAAUACCAUGGAAGAAGAAGAAGAAGAAGAAGAAGUAGAAGUAGAAGUAGAAGAAAAACAAGAAGAAACAGCAGAAGCAGAAACAGAAGCAGAAGAAGGGAUAAUAAUGAUGGAAAAAGAAAAAAUUCAUUUUGAAAAAGUAGAAGAAACAAAUGUUAAUUCAACAAUCGAAACAAUUUUGUCCAAUUCUUCUGAGACUGAAUGUCAACAACUAGAGAAAAGAAGAAAUGAUUCGGACCAAGAAAUCUUACCAGAACGUUCUGGUUCACCCGAUGAAUUGAAUACUAAUGGUGGGAGCCAAUCUGUCGCAAGUUACGAAGAUUUAAGCUCGAGUAGUUUUAGUUCGGCAAGCAGAGCAUCGUUGGAUGCAAGAAGUUCACCGACCCCAUCCUAUGGUGCAGAAAAUAUGAUGGUGUUUCCUGGUGACAGUAGCGGAUCCAUUUGAGAUUACUUGAGGUGCGCAGCCCUCGUACCAAAAUGGUUGCGCUGCCUCAGAUAAAUCUCAUCUUCUUCUAUAUUUUUUCUUUUUAUUUUUUGCUUUUUCUCAAAACGAGAUGUAACAACUUUUGGUUUGUCUUUUUUUUCCUUUCGUUUCUCCCAUUUGUCAUCUUCAAUUUUUAAUCUACAAAUAUAAUCCUUUAAAUAAAUAAAUAUAAAAAGAAACAAACAAACAAACCAAAAACCGGAGAAUUGCGAGCUCUUUCUCUCAUCAUUGGUUAGAUGAGAUUCACAUAAAUAAUAUUUGGUACUGAAUUUUCAAUAUGGUUUAUAUAAAAUGAUCUCUGAUUUUUUAUAUAUAUAUAU